UCAUCAGACAAAGAAAUUGGAACUUCUUUCCUAUUAUCACCUGACACAAUGAACAAGAAUGAUUUGGACUAAUUAGGAGAUCUUCCAGUUUCAAGAAAUAACCACAAUGUAUAGACCAGGGGAAACAGUGAAACGUCGUCUUAAUAUGCAUGCUCCACCUCGAAUAAGAAGUGUAGAAGUUGCUAGAGGAAGAGCUGGCUAUGGGUUUACCCUUUCUGGGCAAGCCCCUUGUAUUCUUAGUUGUGUUAUGAAAGGAAGCCCUGCAGAUUAUGUAGGACUUAAAGCCGGAGAUCAGAUAUUUGCCGUUAAUGAUAUUAAUGUAAAAAAGGCUUCUCAUGAAGAUGUGGUGAAACUAAUAGGAAAAUGUUCUGGAGUCCUACACAUGGUGAUUGCUGAAGGUAUUAGUCACAUAGACUCCUGCUCAAGUGAUGAAGAAGUUGGUUUUUAUGAUGGGAAAGGGUGGCUGAAGCCAAAGCCUGAUUCUAAAGCCUUAGGCAUAAAUAGAGCAGAAAAGGUUGUUGAAGAAAUGCAAUCUGGUGGAAUUUUCAACAUGAUCUUUGAAAAUCCUAGUCUCUGUGCUGGGAAUACAGAAAACUUUAUACCAAAACAAAGAUCCCUUUCAGAGUCUGCUGCUGCUAAAUUUGAAACUGGAACUGAAGGUGUAAGUCUCAAUCCAAAUCAACUUUCUAAAGAAGAAAUAUCCAAAGUGUUGAAUGAUGAUUCAGUUUUCCGAAUUGGACUAGAGAACCCAGAGGAUUUUGGAUUAGAUGCAAGUAUUUUAAAUGUUGCCAUGGUGGUAGGCUACCUAGGCUCAAUUGAACUGCCUUCAACAACUGCAAAUCUGGAAAGUGACAGUUUGCAGGCUAUUCGUGGAUGUAUGAGACGUCUUCGGGCAGAACAGAAAAUCCAUUCUUUAGUGAUGAUGAAGAUUAUGCAUGACUGCAUUCAGCUCUGCAGUGAUAAAUCUGGUAUAGUAGCAGAGUAUCCUGCAGAGAAGCUCGCAUUCAGUGCGGUGUGCCCUGAUGAUAGGAGAUUUUUUGGUCUAGUUACAAUGCAGAGCAGUCAUGAUGCAAGCUUGGCUCAGGAAGAUGAAGGAGUUCUAAGGACAUCUUGUCACGUGUUUAUGGUAGAUCCAGAAUUAUUUCAUCAUAAGAUUCAUCAGGGUAUAGCAAGACGUUUUGGACUAGAAUGUACAGCAGAUCCAGACACAAAUGGCUGUUUAGAAUUUCCAACAUCAUCUUUACCUGUUCUUCAGUUUGUCUCUGUCCUCUAUAGGGACAUGGGGGAGCUGAUUGAGGGAAUGAGAGCCAGGGCUUUUCUUGAUGGUGAUGUAGAUGCUCAUCAGAAUAACAGUACAAGCAGUAACAGUGACAGUGGCAUUGGAAACUUUAACCAAGAAGAAAAAAGCAACAGAGUUUUGGUGGUUGACUUAGGGAGUAAUCCAAGUAAACAUAUUCCUAAUAGUUUAUGGGAAAAUCCAGGAGGAAGAGGGCAAAAUCAGUCUGCUGCCCAUUGGAAUGGCUUCUGUCAUGAGCAAGAAGGAAACACUCCUUUAGACGUAAUUCAGAAUGAUAAACCACAAAAUUUAAGCAAGCACUUGAGUCCUGCAGCUCGUAUAGAAGUUCCACUAGUUUCUUCCCGAAAUUCAGUGCCACCUUCCAAGAAAAGUACUAUGGGCAUGGGCAAUCAAAGAUGGUUGCCUGUUCAUGUUUUACAAGAUUGGCAGCAUGGAAAUGCUAGUGACCAGGAGUCUUAUACAGAUUCUACGGAUGGCUGGUCCAGUGUUAACUGUGGGACUCUUCCCCCACCAAUGAAUAAGAUUCCAGCUGACAGAUACAGAGUCGAUGGCAGCUUUGGUCAGCCCCAGUUAAAAUCUCACAAAAAUGAAUGGUCUAAGAAAGUGUUUUGCAUGCAAAACAAGUUUGGCCCACAGCACAAUGUUAGAAAGUCUAAAGAAGAGAAAAAGGGUGCAAAGUUUGGGCAUUCAGUUGGAUUAGCUCAGGCCCCUCAACGUUCUUCUGUUCGGAGAUCAUUUGGAAGAUCUAAGCGAUUUAGCAUUACCCGUUCACUGGAUGAUCUUGAGUCUGCAACUGUGUCUGAUGGAGAGCUGAACAGUACUGAUUUAAAGGACUGCAUCAGUGAGAAUAGCCUCAGUAGCAAUGCUAGUCUUCCUAGUGUGCAGAGCUGUCGGCGACUUCGAGAAAGAAGAGUUGCAAGCUGGGCUGUUUCAUUUGAACGUCUUCUUCAAGAUCCACUUGGCAUUAAAUAUUUUUCUGAAUUUUUACGGAAGGAGUUUAGUGAAGAAAACAUUUUAUUCUGGCAGGCCUGUGAAUAUUUUAACCAUGUUCCUGCACAUGACAAAAAAGAGCUUUCUUACAGAGCUCGAGAGAUCUUCAAUAAAUUUUUGUGCAGCAAAGCUACAACUCCAGUUAAUAUUGAUAGCCAAGCACAACUGGCAGAUGAUAUUCUCAAUUCCCCACAUCCAGAUAUGUUCAAGGAACAGCAGCUUCAGAUUUUUAACCUGAUGAAGUUUGACAGCUAUACUCGCUUUCUGAAAUCCCCACUCUAUCAAGAAUGCAUUCUGGCUGAAGUGGAAGGUCGCCCUCUUCCUGAUCCACAGCGUGUUCCCAGCAGCCCUACUUCUAAACAUAGUUUCAGCUCAGAGCGGUCCAAUAUCUCCACACCAAAAAAGUUAAGUGGAAAAUCAAAGUCUGGAAGAUCCUUAAAUGAAGAAUCUGGAGAGGAAGAUGCAGAGAAGAAGAAAAAAGGAACAUUUUUCUCCUGGUCAAGAAGUAAGAGUCUGGGAAAAUCACAGAAGAAAAAAGAAAAUGGUGAUUACCAAAAUGAUUCUAUUCAGGCCAAUGGAUUAUCUUGCAGACGUGAAUCACAGGGCUCUAUGUCAUCAUCAGCAAGCCUUGAUCUGUCUGAAGCAUCUAGAAUACCUGCAUCUGUAUCUGAGAGAGAGAGAUCCUCAAAACACUGCUGUGUAAACCUUCCAGAUGGCUCAUCUUGUAAAAUGAUUGUCAAAUCAGGAUUCUCAAUAAAGGAGAUGUUAUCUGGGCUCUGUGAAAAACAUGGCAUUAACAUAGCUGCUGUAGACCUCUUUUUAGUUGGAGGAGAUAAGCCACUGGUAUUGCAUCAAGACAGUAGCAUCCUGGAUUCUCGGGAUCUGCGUUUGGAAAAGCGUACUUUAUUUCGGCUGGAUCUUGUUCCAAUCAAUAGAUCGGUUGGUUUAAAGGCUAAACCUACAAAGCCAGUAACAGAAGUUCUAAGGCCUGUGGUUGCAAAAUAUGGCUUAAAUCUUAAUGAACUUGUGGCAAGACUAAAUGGUGAGCAGGAGCCACUAGAUCUUGGCCUGCCUAUAUCUAAUCUGGAUGGUCAGCGGGUGGUACUAGAUGAAAAAGAGCCAACAAAGGGAAGAGUAUUCACAGAUAAACAAAAGGUUUCACCAGUUAAACAAAGUACAGCUAUAACAUCUGCUUCAAGAAGUCAAGCAUCUACAGGAGAGGGAAGAACGCUAGGAAAGUCUAAUUCUAUUAAAAUGAAAGGCGAAAAUGGAAAAAAUGCUAGGGAUGCCCGGCUAUCAAAGAGAGAAGAAUCUAUUGCAAAGAUUGGGAAAAAAAAAUAUCAGAAAAUUAAUUUGGAUGAAGCAGAGGAGUUUUUUGAUCUCAUAUCCAAAGCUCAGAGUAAUAGAGCAGACGACCAACGUGGGCUGCUAAGAAAAGAAGACCUUGUUUUGCCUGAUUUUCUUCGUUUACCCCUGGCUGGACCAGAGCCACCUUCUUCUACACCUAUAGGCCCUAAAGGCCUUAACAGGAGAAUUUCAAAAUAUGAUGGCCAGGACAAAUGUACAGGUGGAAAACUGGAGUCCGUACAAAACUAUAAUGAAAAUUCAGUUAAAAAAAUGGGUCAUUCAGAAAAUAAGCAUAAAACUGCUUUGACAACAGUUAACAGUCAGAAGACUUACAGCGUUCCUUUUAGUGCCCCGUUGUCUCCAAUUCCACAUGUGCAGGAAAACAACAGUACAACAGUGUGGAAAAGGCAGUCAAGAGAAUUGCAGGCUGAAGGCAUACAGAUGAUAGAUGAUGACAAUGUAGCGGACUUGACUCUUGUGGCUGAAGGAGACAUUAGCAGCCCCAACAGCACUUUAUUGCCACCACCAACACCACCGACAGACGUCAGUAAUCUCACAGAAGCCAACUACCCACCCCCGACUCCGCUGGCAGGUAAUCAGGAAAAACCUGGAUAUCAAAGAUCCAAUUCAGGUGUGAACCACAGAAAGAAAAAAGAUUCACUAGCGACUGCUGGAAAUGUCUGUGAACAAAGCUCUCACAAAGCAAAGACCAAUAGAAGCCUCAAACCCCCCAGUGCUAGGGAUAAUCACACUGCUGAACUUCCUGUAAACAGAGUAAUUGACGUGGAUGGAGUUAAACUGGAAGACAACUUCACACAAUCUUGUGAUGAUUCAGAAGGGAACCUCAGCUUCGAAGGCUACAUCUCUGAACUGAGGUCUUGCCAGGGGAGGAUGCGGACAGGAGUUUAUAGGACAUCAGAUCUCCCGUCUCUGAUUACUGUCAAGAGUGAGAAAAACAAGGGUGCUGAGAAUCAAUACAAAGCCACUUUUGUUUAAUCUCAAUUUUUAAUGAAAGGUUCCAUUAUUUUUUGCCCGCUAGCACUAGAGCUCUGCAUUAUGGGCAUGUUUCUACAAGCUACAGGGUGUUUUCAGUUCCUAUUGGUUUCAGUGCAAGUGUAAGACAGUCAGCAUAUCUGGGGGCAGGGGCUGCCUGUCCUUAUAUGAGUUAGACUCUGUAUAAUGAACAGUAAUAUUUCAACAAAAACAUCAGAAUAUUUGAUUUUAUCCUGUCAUUUAAAUAACUCUUUGAUGUUGUUUUAUAUGUCAUAGUUCCAUAGUUGGUGCCUUGACCAAAAUGGUGAGAUUAAAAUUCUCUGUUUAUGACCUCUCUUUAAGUGUCUUUGAUAAAGACAAACUCAUUUUAAGUUCCCCAUCAAUUUUUUUUUUUUUUACUGAAGAUGGCUUUAGAUUUUCUUCUUGAUCUUAUGUUCUUUCCUAACCUGCCAGAUUCCUACGGUGCUGCUACAAUUGGACAUCGAAAACAAAGUGUACAUUAGUUAUUGUUUCAAAACUAUUAAGGCUUUUUUGGGCGUUUUUCUGACAGAUCUUCCUGUCUUGAUACCAUGUGAGAAGCAGUCUAAGGGGGAUUCAGUCUUGUUGCAAAGAUUAUCUGAACUGCUAUGUGCAAUCGGGCUUGCUUUACACAAGUAAGAAUUCAUGUUCAAGGCAGUUAGAGUGCCUUCAGUGCCUCACACUGGUAUCAUGCACAUAGCAGAAUAUAUAAAGCAGCAGUAUGGAGGUCAUCCAAGGCUUUAUCCAGCACUGUUCCCUUGAUAUCUGAACCAUGUGAGAAGGUGGUUUGAUUUUUGGGGUUUUUUUUUUGCAAAAGUCUGUCUCCAGUUAAAUGUUCCUCUUUUCAAUUCUAGGUUUGAAUUGUGUUUUUAGCUAACCUUGUAGACUGCAGAAUAGUUAUAAAGGAGGAAGAAAGGAUACUUCCUAAUUCUCUGCAUAUAUUGUUUUUGCAGACCUGUAGUUGUUUACCUUUCUUUCCCAUUUCUUCUGAUUAUUUAUGAUUUUGAGCAGGCAAAAACAGGUACAUCUACGCCCUUAUUUUAGGAUUUGAAAGCUCAUCCUCAGCUUCCUUGAGGUACCUGAGCCACUCUACCCCUACUACAUGACCUUGCUGCAGCAGUGUACGGGAAGUGCAGAAGGUGAGAGCAACUGGGAACAGCCUGAUUCCUAGGUGAACAGGAACAUCAAACUGAGCCUUUCUAUGAAUCAUGCCCACUACCUGUCUAUGGGCAGUGUAGAUGGAAAAUGAGGUGCAGAAGGGUUAGUGUUGGGCCCUGCUGUGCUUGGGCUAUAUAUGCAUGGUGAGAGAUGUGUAAAGGAGGAAAGUGGCCAGGUAGGGUGAAGUUUACCUUGAUAACUCAGCAGUUUCCCAGGCAGAGUUGACCUGGUGCCAGGGGGAGAGCUAGAGGUUUGUAAUGUAGGUUAAGGCUAAGGAGUAGGCUUAUGUAGCAGUACAGACAUACUCACAGACAUGCAGAAAUACUGAGGAAACAUAAGCCACAUACCCCUAUUAUUCUAUACAGGAAACUAUGUUCUGUUUGUAAAACUUAGAGGUAUUUGCUGUGUGAGAAAGAUGUGCAGAUUCUUAAGAGUCUGCAACAGUAAUACAAACCCCAACAUUUAAAAAUUAUGGUCCAGCUCCUAGUGAUUUAAAUUGGUACAGGUCCAUUAAUUCUGUGGAGUUUGUCAUUGACAAAAAUAAAGGAUUUUGUCCUAAAUAUGGAGAAACACACUCAAUUCAGUUAAAGUUGCACUGUUUUAUAGAAAAUGGGAAAGCCCAGUUAACAGGGUUGUUUCUUUUAUUGAUAAAUGAGUGAUAUUAACCUGUCAUGAAAAAUAGCUCUUUCUUAACAAACUUACAAAAUUAAAAUCAAACUGAAUCUGCACUGAAGAUAUGGCAAUACUGUAGUGUAAAGACUGAAAAGCUUAAGGGAUUGAGAUACAGAGGCUUUCAGUUCCAGAUAAUUGAUUCAUAUUUCACUUGGGAAGCUGACAUUUUUCAGUCUGAUGCAGUGAUUCCCAACCUUUUCACACUCCAAGGGCCACCCUGUCAGACUAAAUGUACCCCCAAGAAAAUGCCAGUUCUUAGUUUCACUCAUUUUUUGACUACAAAAAAAUACUAGAACAAUUCUUCUCUUGCAAAGAAUUCAGGAAGACCAGAGCAGGUUCCAGAAAGGGUUUGACAGUAUGGAUUCUUAUGUGAAAUCUCUGAGUUUACCCUGUGUACACACUUAACAGUGCUAAUACUGCAUGGCACCCCACAGCAUCCUUAAAAGGAGGUACCCCACGGUUCCAGGGAACCCUGGCUGAGAGUCACUGAUCUAUUGGGAUUAUACAAAUUGCACUCAUUAUCUGAGUCCAUUUUUCUGUGGACCAUACAGUCAAAAGCUACACAAUUAUGAAUAAUAAGUAUCACUAUUGACAGGGACUGAAAAGGUGUGGAAUUAACUUUUCUUCCAUAUAUAAUUGCUGUUAGGUAACAUUGCUGACACACUGAAGUCUUACUGGAGACUCUCAUGCUGCCAUUCUGAUGGUGCCAGUUCUCAUCCUGCCUAUUCACUGUGACCCACAACAUACUUUAUGCUUUAGUUGAUUAUAUCCAGGAAGCCUGUAAUGUGAAAUAAUGUUCCAAAAUGGGGUUAGUAUGUUAAUCAUGAGACGUUAUGUUUAACACCUGUGCAUUCUUUAAAAGUUUUUUCCAGUAUUUUCUGUCUUGCCAUUUUAUUGACAUUUUGAUAUGAAUUCAUUGUUUGUAAUAGAACAUAUUUUUCACUUAUAGAUGCUCACGUGUUCCAUAGUAAGCUUCUGAUUGUUUCUGAUCAAAGAAGAGCCUCUUGUCAUAUCAGUAAAAGCCAACAAAUGGGAUGCUUUUAAGCUUGAUACAAAUCACAUCUGUUUCUGGGAAAUUCUGCUCCUUUUUAAAACUCAAAUACAGUAAGUAGUUUGUGCCCAGUUGAUUCCUGGUCAGAAGUUUAAGUGAGGUACUAAUUGCACAUUGCUCAUCAAUGCCUGGAUUCUACAAGUGUCUUGUGCAUGAAACACUCAGUGAAACCAAAGAGCUUGCAGAAUCAUGCCCUGAUGACACAUUUGAACAUCACAUUCAGUCCUGUUGUGGUGGCCAGACUAUUCAGUGAAGUAUUCCUGCUUCUGCUUUAUUGCUCAUUGCUAGAAAAUUCCUAGAUGCUCUAUUUAGAGCCACUGUAUUGGAUCCUUGAUCUGGAGGGACUAUUUGAUUAAAUUAAGAGGAAAAUAUAGCUAUAGCAGUCUAUUGAAGGAAUAUUUGUUCCACCCCAAUGGAAGAACCAACUUUAUUUGUCAGACAUUUUUCACUUCCUUUCAAAGCUAGUUAUAGACAUUAAUUUCAGUUUGCCAUUAGAGCCUUUCCAUGGCUGCUUAGCUGCUAAGCUCCAAAAAAAAUGUUGUUUUAAAUUAUGAAUGCACCAAACUGGAUUUGCCUGUCUUGGAGAUUUAUCCCAAGUUCAAGGAAAUUAAGAAUGUAAAAGAGAACAGCCUUGAAAUUUAAUUUUCUUGAACGUGAGGGAAACGCUUGGCAGUAUGCCUAGAAAGCCGGUAAGCCAAGAAGCAGUGACUAAAUAGAAAUUAUUCUUCCUUAUUUCAGCAAUAAUUUUAUUCAAGUGGGACCAGAACGUGAGACACAGGUAAGCUUCAGUUUCAAGGAUAUUGUUUUAAACAAUGACCUAGGGCCUGAGGCAAUUUACUUUAUAGGCUUAGAAAUAAUAAUGUUAGCUCUACUUUUGCAAGAUCUGGGGAAUAUAAAAAUUAACCAGUACAGUGUUAUCGCUGGGAUCAAUUGCUAGAGAUCGUGGAGUUAAUAAAAACAAAAGGCAUGCAAAAUAUCCCUGAAUGGCCUUUUUUUAAGAGUGAUUAUGCUCUGAGGUUUUUCCUUAGUUUUAACCAUUGUGUGAUUUAACCAGAAUAACAUGAUUUUGAAUUUCAUUGUUAUAUUAGGAUUUCCAGUAUAAAUGAUUCCUCUGAGCAAUUUUUUACAAGUAGUUUAAUACAUAAAUUUUGAUGA